UUCCAUUUCUUUCUCCCGUUGCAGAAUACUUGAGGAACGAGAGCGCCUUUCUGGGAGAGCUGGUGUUUGGGAGCGCAGACACCAUUGAACUUUCCUGUGACAGCCACGGCUCUUCUGUGCCUGUUUUCUGGUUUAAAGACGGUAUCGGGAUUGCACCUCCCAGCAGAGCUCGUACUGGGCAGAAGCUGUUGAAGAUCAUCAGUGUGUCAUGCGAUGGCUCGGGGCUGCACAGCUGCAAGGCGAGGCAUUCCGACCAGGUCCUGGGAAACUUUACAGCCAGAGGUACAGAGUGAAGAAUGCGAGACCUCGCGGCUCAGGUAACGAGCCGCCUGCUGCAGUUUCCCGAGGUGACCAUUCAGGCUCUUGGGGAAGAUGAGACCACCCGAGGGUCUGUGCUGCGCGGGCAGUUCUGCAGAGACAUGGCUGGAGGCGAUGGAUAUCCAGCUUCCCGUCUGGGUUCCCGGGCUGACACGCUGGGAUAUCGCAUGGGUCCCCAAAGAGCGAAGUAUGAAGCUGAAAGAGGCAAGUCUUCCCAGCGGUCAUCAGAAGUCCUGAAGGAAAUCCUGAAGGACCUGGACAAGGCAGCGCUUGAGAUGGACCGUGAGACUGCGGAGAAUGAGGCGCUUCAGGAAGGAGGCAGUCACGCGGUGCCAGUCUCUGAUGACAGAAGAGGGGCAAUUCAGUCAGUGGAGGUGCCAGGCGUGGAUGGCACGAGAAACAGAAAUGCUAUGGAUCCAAAAGCUUUCCAGAAGUACUGCAUAGAAGGCUCCGUGGCGGUCGUGGGCUCCAUAUUGCUUGGGAUGGUUUUCUGUUGUGUGAUCCGCCUGUGGAGGAAGAGAAGGCGGCGCCUCGCCGCAGCUUCGAGAGCCCGGCCCGACACCAGCAGCUGCCCCUCACACCCGGACACCUGGACUGCCCACCCCAGCACCUCCAAGAGCUGGACCCAACACCAGCAGCCGUCACGUGUGCCUGGAAAAGCGGCCCACCAGCCAUGGAGCACCGGCGGGGAACCAGCCUCCACCAGCCCGGACGGCCGCCCGGCCCGCCCGCCUCCGCCCCGGCCCAAAUGGCUGUCCAACUCAGCCAGCCAGGUGUUGCGGGACCAGCCCAGCACCCUCCGGGCCCCGGAGAAACGGCAACCACCCCCUCGCCCCCCAAGCCCAUUUCUCCAGCCCUCCUGCAAGGGCCUGGGGCAGUCCCGCCAGGAUAUGGAUUUAGGGAGCGACGGUGAAUGCGCGGGCCUAUAGGGGAGUGACAACAAAUACGAUUUCCUUGGAUGACAAGGUCACGGACCUAGUUGGCCAAGAGAAGCCAGCUGAUGUGAUCUUUCUGGAUUUCAGUAAAGCUUUUGAUACUGUC